GCACGAGGGGGAGGGAGGGAGGGAGAGGCAAAACUUCUGCUUGGAUUUCUAUGUUACGGACAUCAUGCACGCGCACGAACGCACAUAGGUCCUGGCUUUAACGUAUGUGGGCCGUGUCCGCUCAUGGAGAGGCGUGUUCAUGGGCGGCACCGCGGAGGCGCAGCCGAGCUGGGGAUAUAAUGUGGAUAAAUGAUGCUUUAGCAGCUUUGGUGCAAGAAUCCGGCAAGAAAGAGGAGUAACUUUUCAAAGUUGCCUGCGAGGCGCUCACAUCCCAGCUUUGAUUUACUCAUCGCGCUACCAGAGCUUUGCAACUUAAACUUUGCAGACGGACUUCUUUUUUUUUUUUUUUUUUUGGGUCUCUUUUAAUAUUUUCUUGCUGCAGGCGUGCAGUAGCAGCCAGAUCUCUGUCAGGAUCUAAAGGAGCGGGCUCAGUUCCAAUUCAUUAAAGGUCUCAGUAACCUCUAUACAACUUUGGAAUUCCCGAGAACUACUUCCAUCACUGUCCUCCGAUCUAAGAAGGAUGAAGUACUUGUCCCUGCACUGGCUGAUGAGCAUGGUCCUGCUCCUGCUGCUCCACACGGCCACAUCCAUGGUGAUGCUUCCGAACUCCACGGGCUGGCAGGAGAUUCUGGACAAGUACCUGGACGAGGACGGGGGCUGGUGGGAGGCCAAGCAACGAGGGAAGAGGGCCAUUACUGACAGUGACGCUCAACUCAUCCUGGACCUUCACAACAAGCUCAGAGGUCAAGUCUACCCACCUGCGUCUAACAUGGAGUACAUGGUGUGGGACACCGAGUUGGAGCGAACAGCUGAGGAGUGGGCCGAGACCUGCUUGUGGGAACAUGGUCCCUCUGGGUUACUGCCACAGAUUGGACAGAACCUGGGAGCCCACUGGGGAAGAUAUCGUCCACCCACAUUCCACGUGCAGGCCUGGUACAACGAGGUAAAGGACUUCUCUUACCCUUACCCCCAGGAGUGUGACCCCUACUGCCCCUUCAGAUGCUCUGGCCCAGUUUGCACUCAUUACACACAGUUGGUCUGGGCUACCAGCAGUCGGAUCGGCUGUGCUGUCAACAUGUGCUACGACAUGAAUGUGUGGGGACAGAUCUGGGCCAAAGCUGUCUAUCUUGUCUGCAACUACUCACCAAAGGGGAACUGGUGGGGCUAUUCUCCUUACAAACAUGGUACCCCGUGUUCUGCCUGCCCCCCCAGCUAUGGUGGUGGCUGUAGGGACAAUCUCUGCUACAAAGGUACGAAAGAGAAAUAUCAAAGAAAUAGAAAGCUGGUAAAAAAAAAAAUGGAAAUGCAUAUAUUCUUUGUGACUUUACUCCAAGAUGACAGCUCCUAUCCUCUGCAAGAGGAAACUGAAGAAAACAACUUCAUUGAGCAGGAGGCCCCCCUCUCACCGCAGAAGCCAUGGUCCAGGGCCUCCAGACCUGAGGCUCCCAGUCUUCCUGCCCCAGCUCCCACCCAGCCCCCCACAGAGAACCUGCAGAAGAAUGAUGUGGUCAACACACAGCAGAUGUCUCAGCUUGUAACCUGUGACACUAAACUCCGGGAUCAGUGCAAAGGAACGCCCUGCAAUAGAUAUGAGUGUCCUGCAGGGUGUCUGGAUGCCAUAGGAAAGGUAGUGGGAACUGUCUACUAUGAAAUGCAAUCCAGUGUGUGCAGAGCGGGUCUACAUGCUGGUGUCAUCGACAAUGAUGGAGGAUGGAUGGAUGUAACCAGACAAGGAAGAAAAGAUUAUUUUAUCAAAUCUCAUAAAAAUGGAGUUCAGUCUUUAGGAAAAUAUCAGAGUGCUAACUCUUUCACAGUGUCCAGAGUCACAGUCAAAGCCAUCACAUGUGACACCACAGCCGCACAGCUGUGUCCUUUCCAAAAGCCUGCCAAACACUGUCCGAGAUUAUACUGUCCAAGAAACUGUUUGGAGGAAAACUCACACACAUCCAGAGUAAUUGGAACGAGGAUUUUCUCUGAUCGGUCCAGUAUUUGUCUUGCAGCUGUCCACACUGGAGUCAUCAGGAAUGAUGCAGGCGGUUACAUUGAUGUGAUGCCAGUGGAUAAACGAAGAUACUACAUCGCCUCGUACCAAAAUGGCAUUUCAUCAGAGAGCCUUCAAAACCCCCCUGGAGGAAAGGCGUUCCGGGUGUUCGCCGUGAUUUGAGUGCCCCCGGGGGUCGGCUUCAUCAAACAGAGAGUGCACUUGUGCUGUUGAAUAGGCGGUAAUCAAGCCCUGUUGUUAAACUCAAUGAGUGAAAUGUUUCUGGCUUUGCUUCACUCCUGGGGUCAGAGGUCGUCUCCAUGACAGUGUAAUCCUAGCAACACAAAAACUUGACAGAUACACAAGAAGAUCCUGUCUCCUGGCUCUUGAAUGGAGUUCUGAUCCUGUCAUUCAGAGCAGGGCAUUUUUGUAAAUACACUAUGUGGUUCAGUGUUGUACAUACCUGUUAAUGCCCUCACAUACUCUGCCUGUGUGCAGUUUAAAGUAGCUCUGUAUAAAUACUGAAUAUAAAUGAGAUAUAACAUUAUUAUGGCACUUAUAGAUGAGUAUCAUUUUUAUUGUCUGGCACAUUUUCACUGGUGCUCUGGAGAGGCGUCCCGUCAUAUUUUGUACUUUUAAAUGGUGGAAGAACAGAUUAUUAGACAUCUAUUUUUAUAUGAACAUAUAUUGUAUGCUUUACGUCAGUUUAUAAGAAGAUGCUGCUACAUAUACGUUGAUUUUUGUAUUUUCAUGUUAUGGUCGUGGUUUCUCAAAAACUCCCUGCAGGUCGGGUAGCACGCUCCACUCAGAGUUUUCCCUCUUUAAUAAAUCACAUGCACCUGAUGUCGACACAGUUUAUUUGAGUGGAUGUAAAAGUUGAUUCCAGGUCUUAACUCCCUGUUAUCUCUACUACAGAGCAUGUUUAUUUGUUUAUAUAUGUGCUUGUACUUUUAUUUUUUAUUUUAUUUUUACCCACUGUCAGCUUUGUUUCAUCAUGCAAUUUUUAUUACAGGCAAAUAAUUGAAUUGUUGUUGUUGUUUUUCCUGUUUCUUUGUGCAUUUUAUUUUUCUUUCCUACCUCAGGUUGUUAGGAAAAGUGCAUUUGGCAAUAAAAUAUUACAGUCUCCACAACUCUCUCACAUUUGCUGCGGGCAUUUAAAAUGUCCUUAUUCACUAUUACUCAGUGGGCCAGACAUUUUGCAUUAAACAUUUAUCAACUAAAUAUAUGCUCAUUACUUUUUAUCAUGGCAAUCAAUAGUCGCUGCCUUUGGACGUGGAUUGUCCAGGUACAAAGAAUGGUUUCUGUUUUUAGCUUCAUGCUACAAAACUGUAAUUACAUGAAAUGUUAAGUAUAUUUUAGAAUGUGAUGAAUGUCUCCUUCAGAAUGAUGUUAGUCUUGGAAUCCCUGCUCUCCGCUGUGGUGACUGUGGGGCGGUGGCAUAUUUUUUUUUUCUCCUAUUCUUGAAGAUAUUUUGUGUAAGUAUGAUGAACAUAACUCAAAUGCAUGUUUACUUGAACACAUUUAUCCCAGCCACACCAAACCAC